GUACAAUGUACGAAUAUUUGCGCGCAUGUGAGUGGCCGGCAUAACAUCAUUGGUAUUUGCAGUGGAGUGUGCGGGGAGACAACUCCGCGCCGGCGCAUCGUCCCGACCGACAGUGAUUCUCACGUCUUGACGCAGAUCGCAUGUCGCUUAUCGCUAACUCACUGAUUUACGUAAUUCAUUAAUUCCUAUAUUUGUUUUGUUUAAAUUCAAUUUUCACCUUACUUUCUUUCUUCAUCUAUCUCACUAUUCUAUGUACUAAUUCUUCGCUUGUGAUUGUGCCACCUGCUUGUGUUGUGUUCCAAACUAUUGUAUGUAAAUUAAUAAUAAAUCUUGACGAUUAGGACUUUUGGUGGAAUACAAAUGAACAAAAACUAUUUAUCCUAAAGUGGCGACCCCAACGUAAUGGAUAUGGCGUAUCGGAUAACAAUCAGGUAUUGAUCGCGCAUUUAGCAUGCGGUAAUCGCCACAGGUGGAUCUUGAUGAUUUCGAUUUAUGCGCAUUAAGAAAUAAAAUCCAUGAAAUGUAUACUGUCAGAAAAGUUGUUCCCAACCGUGAAUAAAUUACUUAUUGAAUUAAAGAAUGAUUUAUGUAGGGACACAGUUUAGUAGCGUAGGCAGUUUUGUACAUCGCUUGCAUUUGGUCAGUCGUACAUAGCCCACCCGACACGUCAGACACUUGUGAAUAUACGGAGUUAAAUUUGAACCAACAUGUUUUAUUAAUAAAGGGCAGUUUACACCCUUUACUCUUGCAUAAGCAACCGUACAAUAUAAACUCUGGUGGAGGUCGAACGAUUUUGUGAUUUUUUUUAAAACGAAUCGAAUUUAAAAACAAAAAGUGUGGUUCGAAGCGGAAAGUCUUAAUGAAAAGACACGACUUAAUUGCAUGGAGACGCAAGUAUAUCGAUACUAUGAGGCAAAAUCGUGUAGAAGGUCGGCCACUAGUUUUCUUAGAUGAAACGUACAUUCAGGCAUCAUAUGCAGUGAAAAAAUGUUGGCAAAAAGAUGACGAGGACGGAGUACUAACAACAAGUGAUCCUCCUGGAACUCGAUGGAUUAUUGUUAAUGCAGGUGGAGAAAUGGGGUUCAUUUCUAAUGCUCAAUUGAUUUUUCAAUCACAGAGUAAAUCAGGGGACUACCAUGACGAUAUGAAUAGAACAAAUUUUAUGAAAUGGCUUUCAAAGAAGCUUAUAUGCAAUUUGCUUCCAAACUCGUUAGUCGUCAUGGAUAAUGCUCCCUACCAUACAGUACAAGUGAAUAAAACACCUUCUAUGAGUUCCUCAAAACUCCAAAUGCAAAAAUGGAUUACAAAUAAAGAAUUGUUUUAUUUACCAACAAUGUUGAAAGCGGAGCUUUAUCAAAUUAUAAAAGAGCACAAAGAAGCGCCCAUUUAUGAGGCUGACCAAUUAUUGAUAAGCCAUGGCCAUAAAGUGGUUAGGUAUCACUGUGACUUAAAUGUAAUUGAGUUUAUGUGGAGUCUUUUAAAGAGACGAGUAGCUAGCAAUAAUGUCGGCCAAGAAGCUGGUAAUAUCGUGAAGUUAACUGAAGAAGCUUUUUUAUCGAUAGCCCCUCAGGAUUGGCAAAAACGGUGUGAACACGUAAAACAUUUAGAAGACAAAUUUUAUGAACGUGAUGGCUGCAUGGAUAAUAUUACGGACAAAUUCAUAAUUGAACUAGGAAAUGACAGCAGCACAGAUUCGGAUACGUAA